CCACCCAGAUCCAAUACGGCAGCGGUGCGCGCGGUCCAACUUUGGGUGCAGUUAGAGGUAAACUGCACACAAACAACACCGCUUGGGAAAGGGAAGGGCUUCGGCGACCAACGCCAUCGAUCGAAUCGGGAAAGAAGAUUAAAAAUCUGUAGCGAAUCCGGCUGUUCCUCUAUUCCUCUCGGCGAAGUUCAGGUGGCCACGAGCAGUUCUUGUCUAGGAGUUCUUGCUAAAUCUCAUUCAUUACCUGGUAGAACAUUAAAGACACACCAAAAGAGGAGCAGAAGCCGAAUAUCAAUACAUAAGAGAAGGCAAUGGUCAUCAAGCCCUGAGAUUAUGGCAAACAAUGUUAGCGUAGCUAAUUCCCUUGAAACGCAUAUUUCCCCUUGCCCUCUUCCUAAUGAUACUAACAAAUUGGCAGAAGAAAAUUUGAGCAGUGAUUCAUUCGUCAACCAUGCUGCAAUAGCUUGGGUGGCGGAAAGGAGAGAAUGGGUUGGAGAUCAAACCAGAAAAUUGUGUCAAUCUCCGAGAGAACCGAUUAUAAGUUGGUGCACGACAUAUGAAGACUUGCUCUCUACAAAUAAUCCAUUCCCCCAACCAAUCCCACUAUCAGAGAUGGUAGAUUUCCUAGUAGAUAUUUGGCAUGAGGAAGGACUGUAUGACUAAGGAAAAUCAAUCUGGCCUCCUGUAAGAGCAUCAUUUUUUUUACUAGAGCUCUGCUUCUUGUAAAGCUACGAAUUUUUUUCCCCUUUAAUUGAAGAAUGAUUUUGUUCUACUUAUUUUUAGAGAGAUUGAAGCCUAUAUAGAUAGCUUGUGAUCAUAGAAAGCAUAGCUUACCUGACCUGUGUUAAUGAAAUACUGUGUUGUUUGUAAAUUGUGUUGCUGGUGCUGGUCAAAUUUGUUUUGGUUCG